AUGGAUUAUCAAUUUUGUUUCGAUGGUUAUUUUUCAUUCGGUGUUUUGUUUGGAAAUGAGAAAGAUUUGAUGCACGCGUACGAUAUGGCUUUUGGCGGUGGAGGAUUUGCGAUCAGUUAUCCAUUGGCGGAGAAAUUAGUCAACAUAUUAGACGGUUGUCUUGAUCGGUACUAUUAUUUCUACGGUUCUGAUCAAAGGAUCUGGGCGUGUAUAAGUGAAAUCGGCGUGCCGCUUACUUUAGAGCGCGGGUUCCACCAGUUUGAUAUUAGAGGGAAUGCAUAUGGUCUCCUGGCAGCACACCCAGUAACCCCACUUGUAUCCCUCCACCACCUUGAUCAAGUGGAUUCAUUAUUUCCAUUCCAGAACCAGAUGGACUCUCUUGAGUCCAUUAACCGUGCAUACCGGUUAGAUCCACCCCGAAUCCUUCAACAAUCCUUUUGCCAUGACUACAACCGAAAAUGGUCAGUAUCAAUAUCAUGGGGCUACACCAUUCAGAUAUACCCUACGCUAUUGCCAGCCAAGGACUUGCAAACACCAUUGCAGACAUUCAAAACUUGGAGGAGUUCGAGUGAUGGACCAUUCACAUUCAAUACCCAACCCAUGAGGUCCAACCCAUGUGAACUUCCUGUCGUUUUUAUGCUGGAACGAGCUGAGGAAGUGGGCCACAGUGGGUCCCUGACUAGUUAUCUGAGGCUUGACAGCAGGCCAGAGAAGACAUGUAAUAGAACAGAUUAUGCAGAAGCAAUGUCAUUAAAGAGAAUCCUUGUAUCGGCUUUGAAAUUAGACCCAGAAUACUGGACGAAGGAUCAUGCAAGGCGAAGACAAUGUUGUGAGCUUAGUAAUGGAGGAAGCAUAAAGAAGAGCAGCAUGCAGAUUAGGAUUAGAAAAUGCAGGCCUUGGGAAACUGUUACUGCUAAGAGAUAAUGUCUCUAUUUAGUGGGCUGCUUAAAAUAGGAUAGAGCAACUCGACUGCACAAAAUAUAGUGGAAAAGUGUGAGCCCCACCCAACAAGAAAGUGCAGCAUUUCUGCACCACCAGGGAGAAACUAUGAUAUAUAGAGCACCUAACAAUAAAAUUGGUGGUCAGCUGAAACCCCUUUUCUGGGAUUUGACCAUGCAAAAUGCUUGAUGCAGAUUGGUAUAGUAGAAUCACUUGAGAUGAAGCAGAAAAAAGGGUAAAUACAAAUUUUCCAGCACUUGAAGCCUAAUUGGAAUAAUUUUGACUAUUCUUGAAUAUAUGAACCACCCAAAAGAAAGAAAAGUGAUUGAUCAUAUUGGUGAUUAGGAAAAUAGUAUAUAUAAGAAAAAGGUGAAAAGAAAAGGCAUGUAUUACUUGCUUUGUAAUGAUAAAUAUAGUUGAAUUAGUACAAUUAACUUAGAUUAAUAUAUAAAAUUAGCAGAUUUUCGAGGCAUUCUAAA